UGUAAAACUAAAGAAGAGUAAAUGAUGAGUGAAGCUGCAGCUCUUCCAGUGAGGACAGCACACACAGAGCAGAGAGACGGUCUACCUGGACAUCAUGGAUCACCUGUUGGUGCUGCUGCUGCUGCUGCUGUGGAACUCAGGACUCCAGGCUGAAGAAAAUCACAACUCAACAGAGCCUGUCAGGUUGGUGGGAGGAGACAGUCGCUGUGCAGGAACACUGGAGCUGAAACAUCAGGGAGACUGGAGACCAGUGAGUGGCUCUGACUCUUACUGGACCCUGAAGGAAGCAGCAGCUGUCUGCAGAGACUUGGACUGUGGCUCUGCUGUUUCUGUAGAACAGAGAGAUGAGUCCUCAGACAGAUCUAUGUGGAGGAUCAGCUCUUACUGUGUUCAGUCUAGAUCUACUCUGAGGGAGUGUGCAGCAUCACAUUCCUCUAACUACAUCCUGAAUCUCACCUGCUCAGACUCUGUCAGGCUGGUGAAUGGGACUAGUCUGUGCUCAGGCAGACUGGAGGUGAAGACUAACCCCUCUAACCAGUGGUGGUCCUCAGUGUGUGAAGAUGACUUUGACCAGCAGGAUGCAGAGGUGGUCUGUAGGCAGCUUGGCUGUGGGGCUCCUUCAGUCCUCCAGGGGGCGCUCUAUGGAGACGUGGAGGCUUCAAUGUGGACCAAAGAGUUCCAGUGUGGAGGAACUGAGUCUGCUCUCCUGGACUGUAGAAGCUCAGGCUCAGAUAGAAACACCUGCUCACCUGGCAAAGCUGUUGGACUCACCUGCUCAGAGCCUGUCAGGUUGGUGGGAGGAGACAGUCGCUGUGCAGGAACACUGGAGCUGAAACGUCAGGGAGACUGGAGACCAGUGGAGGGCUCUGGCUGGACCCUGAAGGAAGCAGCUGCUGUCUGCAGAGACUUGGACUGUGGCUCUGCUGUUUCUGUAGAACAGAGAGAGGGGUCCUCACGGAGAUCUGUGUGGUGGAUCAGGUCUGACUGUGUUCAGUCUGGAUCUGCUCUGAGGGAGUGUGCAAUAUCAGUUUCCUCUGUCUCCAUCCUGAAUCUCACCUGCUCAGACCUGCUGCUUCAGCCCAACAUCUCUGGGUCCUCCUCCGUGGACCGGGUCUCCGAGGCCCAGCAGCAGGGGUUUCACGUGCUCAGGGGCUCCACCUUCACCAUCAGCUGCUCCGUCCAGCCACAGUACCCAGGAGGCUCCUUCCAUCUCACCUUCACCUCCUCCACCUCAGCACUCAACUACACCCAGCCAGCUGUCAAUCACUCCGCCCACUUCCUGUUUCCUGCUGCAGAGCCCGCCCACCAAGGAAGCUACAGAUGUGUUUAUCACGUCUAUGUUUUUUCUCACGACUUCUUCUCUGAGAGCCGUCUGAUCUCUCUCACCGUUGCAGAAGUUUGA